CAUACUGAAGCUCUGCCCUGCUGCUGCUGUAGGGCUGGAACAUUCCUGCUCUGACGAGCUGCUGAGCAAUAUGAUCCCCUCUCUCUCCCCGUGUGUGUGUGUGUGUGUGUGUAGAAAAAGACAGCAGCAGUAGUAGUAGUAGUAGAGAGAGUGAAUGUGUGCAGGGAAAAGAGAGGACAGAGUGAAACAGUUAGACGAGUAGGGUUCACUUACUACGAACUUCACCGGAAUCUGAAGGUUCGAGUACGUACUUUGACUCCGAGGCGUUCACGCGUCUGUACGUCUGGGACAGAAAACCAGUGAAACGGCGUAUCGUUACUAUUUUUUCCCCGUUGUUUUGCACUUUGCGCCCGCGUCUAAUGGAGGGCCCCGUGCGGAUCUGCCAUCAAGAGAAUGUGUUUCACUGCUAGAGUGUCCGGCUGCCAGCAGCUUUUGCCCUCCUGUAAAAGGUGUGCAGUGUGUGUGGAGGGGGUGUGUGUGAGGCCCCAGGUUAGUGCACAGAGGUGAAACAGCGUCAUGGAGGACAGAGGCCUGAGAUUAUUGUCCGCUGUGCUGUGCGUCUGCCAUACCCUGCUUCUCAACUGCCCAUCUGUCCUGUCUCUUUCUUUUCGUGUGGAGCCUCUCUCUGUGGUACAGAAGCAGGGCAGUGCGGUCCACCUGCACUGCACGCGUCCAGCCACCGCCAGAAUCAGCUGGCUGUUUCAGGGUCAACCACUAGACCCUAGCCACCAGUCUGGAGUGGAACUUAGUCCUGGCUCCCUUUCUCUGUCAUCUCUCCAACCGGCUCUCACGGGCUCCUACCAGUGCUUGGCGCAGUCCAAGACAGGCUCCAUCAUCAGCCGGCAAGCACGAGUGCACAUUGCAGAUAUUGAGAGGUUUGCCCAGACCCAUCGGAGGACAUUUACUGUAAACAAGGGCGAAACUGCUUUUAUCGAAUGCCCACUUCCUCGCAGCAAUCCACCUGCUCUGCCACGUUUCCGGAUACGGGGGAAAUGGCUGGAACAGUCUACAGACGAGUAUUUAAUCCUGCCCUCUGGGAACCUUCAGAUUGUGUCAGUGUCUUCAGAACAUCAGGGCAUGUAUAAGUGUGGUGCUUAUAAUCCUCUAACCCGAGAGACUCAAGUAGAGGCUAAUGGCACUAAACUCAUAGUCAGAGAUUCAGAAGGCCCUUCACCUGUAAGGAUCAUCUAUCCCGUCACCCCUCGCAAUCUUACGGUGGACCAAUCUGGAUCUCUGACCCUUGAGUGUGUUGUAUCAGGAAGUCGUUCUUCAAAGGUCAAAUGGAUUAAAGAUGGAGCGGAGCUUUCUUUGAGCUCCAAAUGGAUGUUGUUGCAAAGCAACCUGGUGUUGAAUGAUGUUCAGCUGAGUGAUGGAGGACAUUAUUGCUGCUCUGUUCUGACUGAUCAUGGAGCUGUGGUCAGUGUCAACUACACUGUGAAUGUGCUUGCGCAAGUAAGCGUACUGCAAGGUUUGUCAGAUCAGGCUGUGACAGUGGGCUCCUCUGUGAGAUUUACCUGUGCUGUCAAUGGUAGUCCAACCCCCAACAUCACAUGGCUCCUCAACUCCGCACCUCUCGCUACUUCACCCCGCCUGCAAAUCACUGGGCCCUCCCUUCACAUCCCUUCAGUAAUGGCUCAAGAUCAGGGAAUCUACCAGUGCCUGUUUGACAAUGGAAUUAGCUCUGUACAGUCGGCGGGAAGACUCAGUGUCGAAUCAGAACCCCAGUCUAGUUCCAUGUCUGGAGCUCCCAUGAAGAUGCAGCCUUCUGUCCACCCUAUCCAGAGCGAUGAGGGUGAUGAACUGUUCCCUUCCAUACGGGAGGGGGUGAUUGGCGAAACUACAGGACUGCCCACUGAGAAAAUCAGCGAACAACCUACGCCAGAAGCACCAAUCAUAAUCAGCCCACCGCAAACGCACAAACCCAACAUGUAUGAUCUAGAGUGGCGAGCAGGUCGGGACUGGGGCAUCCCUAUCAAUGCAUACUUUGUUAAAUACCGCAAGGUGGACGACGUGGGUCAUGUGGUGGGGAACUGGCACACGGUGCGGGUGCCAGGCAGUGAGAAAUCCCUGCCCCUGUCUGAGCUGGAGCCGUCCAGCCUGUAUGAGGUUCUGAUGGUGGCCCGCAGCGCUGCAGGAGAGGGCCAGCCCGCCAUGCUGACCUUCCGCACUGGAAAGGAGAGGACUUCCUCUAAUAAGAACCCCUCCAAGGCUCCGAUUGUGUCUCUUCCAGAGAAAGCACAAGAAGAUAAAACCACCAACAAUUACUAUGGAGUGGUCAUACAUGACAGAGUUCCCGAGGCCCCAGACCGCCCAACUAUCUCUAUGGCGACAGAAAGCUCUGUUUAUGUCACUUGGAUCCCACGAGCCAAUGGUGGCUCUCCAAUCACGGCCUUUCGCGUGGAGUACAAGAAGCAGGGCAGAAGUGGGGACUGGAUCAUCGCGGCUGAUAAUAUCUCACCACUUAAACUGUCUGUGGAAGUGCGCAACCUGGAACCAGGUUCCACAUACCGUUUCCGUGUCAUUGCCAUGAAUAACUAUGGUGAAAGCCCUGCUAGCGCCACCUCCAGGCCGUACCAGGUCUCCCUGUCGAGUCCUCCCGUCUCAAACCGUCCGAUCACUGGCCCUCACAUCUCCUUCACUGAUGCUGUCAGCGAUACUCAGAUCAUGUUACGCUGGACUUACACUCCCUCCAGUAAUAACAACACACCCAUCCAGGGAUUCUACAUCUACUAUAGGCCAACAGACAGCGACAAUGACAGUGAUUACAAGAGAGAUGUGGUGGAAGGCUUCAAAUUCUGGCACUUGAUUGGUCAACUCCAACCCGAGACGUCGUACGACAUCAAGAUGCAGUGCUUUAACGACGGCGGCGAGAGUGAAUAUAGUAACGUCAUGAUCUGCGAGACCAAAGCCCGUCAACUUCCAGGUGUGCCCAGCCAGCGCCCCAUAACCCCUCCAGGCUUUUUCCCCGCAGAUACACCCAGCCAGCCGGGCGGCCUGCUCUACCUGAUCGUGGGCUGCGUCCUGGGCGUCAUGGUGCUCAUUCUGCUGGUCUUCAUUGUCAUGUGCUUGUGGAGGAACCGACAGCAGAACAGUCUGCAUAAAUUCGACCCUCCAAGUUACCUGUACCAGUCUGCAGAGAUGAACGGCUAUGUUCUGGAAUAUUCCACGCUGCCGGGCUCCAGCCAUGUGAAUGGAAGCCUACACACGGGCUGUGGACACACCGCUCCCAUGAUGCCCCAAGCCUGCCAUCACCUCCACCACAAGCUGCCCAACGGUUUGGCUUUGCUGAACGGAUCAGGAGGCCUCUACCCUCCUGGGCAUCCGCACACACAUGACGCCUCUCUGCCCCACAACACCACGGAGUACGAUCACUCACACCCUCAACACCUUCGUAACGGUGGAGGGAUAUACACGGCUCUGCCCCAAAACGACUCGUCGGACUGCAUGAGCUGUCAAAACUUCUGCAACAACAACAGGUGUUACACAAAAACCAAUGGCACUUUCUCGGGCGGCACUCUCCCUCUAAUGCACCGCGUGGUAGCGCGCCAACCCGACGGGCUGGAAAUGAUGCCCCUCAACCCCGUUUUGUCUCGCUGCCAUGGACGUGACAGCCCGCAGCUCAACGGCUCCCAGGAGAGAGAUCCAGCCGAAGAGGCAGAGGAGAGCAAGGCUCCUCCCCUUUCCCAGAAUUCCCCUUGUCUGCCAGUGGAAACAAAGUCCACCCUCGAGCAGCAGAGAGGAGUUCAGCCCGUGCAGCAUGAAGACUCGGAGGGUCCUGUGGUGUGUUGGGAACGGCUGGGACUGCCUGAUCUGGACUGUAAGGAAAAAACAGCCUGGAUCUCUACUGGAAGCCUGACUGGAGAUCUCAUCCAGCCUACCAUGCAAGAGAUCUGAACCAGAAAACACUCGUGCAUCAAACACACUAAACACAAGAAAGAGAACGAGAGAAAUUGGGAAUAGGAACAUGAACAAGUUAAAAAAAAAAAAAAUGAAACGGCCAGUGAUGGAUUGGUCAGAGACAUUGUGUGACUUGAAAUGGACACUAAACUGACUGCUUACAGAGCUGGAGAAGACUGACAAGAGAAAGAAGGACGGAAGAGACGUUUAGGCAAAAAUGAUGGAAGACUCAAAGGCUGAAAUGAUCUCACUUGUGAGAGGACUUUUAAAAGUAAAAGCAAAAACUCUUUAGAUGACUUAUUUAUUUUUUUGUAGUAGUAAAAUAUUAUUUCAUAUGAAUGUAUCUGUUGUAAGAAAAAAGUUUGUCUUUUAUAUUAUUUAUGCUUUUUUUUUUGAUGAUGAUGAUGAGAAACUUGUUAUUUUUUGUUGUUUAUUUGACUUUAUGUAUUUUUUUUUUUUUGUUUGUUUGUUUGUUCCACACAGUGUGGAGUUUAGCCAUUGUAUGUGUAAAGUUUUGUAAUAAUAUAAAGAGAAGAUUAAGUAUUACACCUA